AACGAAGAGGCUAGUAUAUCCUAAUUAAAAGAUUAACGUCGAGACAAUGCUGAGAAUGGUAUCGUAAAAUUAAAAGUUUAAUAUGUGGGGAUUAUGAGCUGAACCGUUUGAUGUUCUCAUGUUAAUCUUUCACAAAUUGUGUAAAAAUAUUAAUAAAAACUAAUAAUAUGAUGUGAUUCAAAGUUCACUCUCUGAAGUUGGUAUAAUUUUUAUUAUAAUAUAAAUUAAAUAUAAUAUAUUAUAAUACGAGUUAUAUCUUAAAAUUUUAAAUUAAUCGCGUUAUAAAUUAAAUAAGUGACUCAGGCAGACUAGCGUGAGAGUUUAAAGUAUAUCACACUAUAGAAAAUGGCGUUUGGAUUUUUGCCUAUAGAGAUACUUACAUCAGUAUUCAAAUAUCUAACACCAUCUGACAGGCUAACAGCCAGUUGUGUUUGUAGACAGUGGUAUUACACUUCCUUUGAUGCCAAGCUCUUGGAAGAUAUUACACUGGUUUUACAUGACAAUGCUGCAGCAGCUUUUGAGGUGUUGAAGAGAAGUCAGAGACGUUUUUCACACUUAGUGGUAAAGGAAGUGGAUAUUCUGUGUGAUGAUCAGGAGUUUUGGACAAAUGUUGGUCAGAAUCUUGUACGACUUGAUUUUCAUAGCUGUGACAUUUCGACUCACGUAUUUAUUAACAUUUUAUGUAAGUGUCCACAUCUUCAGGUUCUAGGUAUAAAUGGUUGCAAUGGUUUGUUCAUUUCGGGAACUCUUUUUGAGAGGAUGCAAGACACAGGAAAGCUGGGAGCCAUAAUGCAGAAUGUGAAAGAGCUUAAUUUAGCAUCGAAUAGAUAUUUGUCAGACUCUUUGUUUUCUAGAAUAGUUAAAGUACUUCCAAACCUUGAGAGAAUGUCUCUUAGUGGUUGCCAGAUAUCAUUUCAUCCUGGAAUCUAUCGCAGAUUUUACCCAGAUGGGAUGAAGUCAGUUCCUUCUAGUGCUGUUUUUACUUUCCAGACAGUCAUGGAGUUUAUCGAAAAACAUAAAUUCAAACUAACAAGCUUUAACUUUGGUAGAACCCUCAUAGAUAACAAAACCCUUACUGCUGUCGCUUCUUUGGAAGGUUUGCGGUUGGAAGAACUGUAUUUGUCAUCAUGUGAACAGCUUUCAAAGUCAGGAAUCAUGUUGUUGUGCAUGAAUCAGCCUCAACUUAAAGUUCUUGAUUUAAGCUUAAUUUACCAACUAACAGAUCAAGCACUAGUGUAUGUCUGUGAUUACUUGACCAAUCUUCGUUCUCUGAGCCUACGACGAUGUCACAAUCUGACUGACCGUAGUGUUAAAGAAUUGUGCCGAUUGGUUAAUCUGGAAACCCUGGACCUUUCCUCCUGUGAAAAGGUCACUCCUGCAGGUCUAAAAGAAGCACUGUGUUUUGAGAGUCAUCCCAGACUCCAUACAAUUAAUCUUAGCUAUUGUAAUGUGACUGAUGAUAUAGUUUGUGAUUUUGUUCAUAAGCUACCAAACCUGACACAUCUGGAUUUGAGUUCAUGUCUCACAUUAACAGAUAAAAGUCUUCAUGCAAUAUCUUCCAUUCUAGUGUUUCUUCACAGCUUGAAGCUAGCAUGGUGCAAAGAGAUUACAGAUAGAGGGCUGACUGGAGGGAAAGGUAUAGCUCCCUAUCUUCAGCUAUUUCAAAUGCCAUCAAAAGUAGCCUAUAGAAGCAUUUGUAGAAAUGAUCAAUAUAAAGAAGCUCAAGGAAAUCUUUCUAGUGGUGAUAAUGUAUAUGGACAUAUACCAGGAAGCCAGUCUGACCAUUUAGCAGACACAGGUCAAAUUGGCCAAUUUCCUCCAGCAAUAACAUGUUUAACUGGGUUAAGAGAACUGGACCUCUGUGGUUGUAUUCAUAUUGGAGAUGUUGGACUUAAAGGGAUUAAAUUUAUGGAACUGCGUUACCUAAACCUAAGCCUCUGUCAGAAUAUAACUGAUGUUGGACUGGUGAUAAUGAGCUCGUAUAAUCCAAGUCUAGACACGCUAAUUUUGAAUCAAUGUCAUCAGCUUACAGACAAUGGAGUUGCUGGAUCAGUACGAUGUCUUCCUCGUUUGAAGUACUUAGGAGUUCAAGGUUGCAAAAAAUUAACCAACAGUACAUUGGGUGCACUGAGUCAAUCCUGUCAACUGUUGCAAUACUUAGAUGUUUCUCUGUGCCAAGGAAUGUCUUUGGAAGCAGUAGAGGCCUUAGAAGUGACCAUGUCUCGGCUUCAUACUGUGCAUAAAAGGCACGUUCCCUCUAUUAGGACUGGUGAUAGGUCUGAGUACAUGUAGGGAUGUGCCAUGUAUAAACUAUAGAAGAUAAAACUGAAAAAAUUACAUGAUCUUUUCAUGUCAAAAAUUCUAUUGAUACCUAUCAGAAAUGUUCUUGAAAGAUAAUGAAGUUAAAUAAACAUGUUGGAACCAUCAUCUCAGUUGAUAAGUAUUAAGUCAGGGCAAGUAAAGAGUGUUAAAAACUACUCUAGGUCACUGGUUUUCAGAUUUUUUUUUUAUGUUGAUAGAACACACUGUAAUUUGUACACUAUGCUGUUGCUUCUGUAAUUAUGGAGUCAUAGUACAGAUUAAUAUCCAGUUGUCUGGACUAGUAAAGAAACCAGUCCAGGGUAGAUACAGAAAAACAUUUUUUAUGAAUACUAAUAUUGAGUAAUUUGUUAGAAGUGUCAGUAUGAUAAAAUAUUGGAUACCUGCGUUUUAUCUAUCUUAUAAUAGGAGGAUGAGAUGUUUUAACAUUGAGUUAAAUUAUACUUUAAGUUAAUUGAAAAUAACAGAUAAUAAUAAUAACCUGAUAAAAAUAUCUAACUUAGGUGUGUAUUUAAAACAAUGUAUCAUAUGAGACUAAUGAGGUUAAUCAUCUCUCAAAGAAGCACACAAAACACUAGCCCAGCAUUCUGUCUACAACAAAGUCAGCCUGAAAUUGGUAGGAAACUGUUGAUCUGUUUAAAAAUUACAUCAGUUUGUGAUUAUGUGAAUUGUAUGGAUAAUCUCGUUUUUUGUGUUCUUAUUUUGAAAACCUAGUCCUUGUUGUACAUGUAACAUCAAAUUUGUUUUGUCUAUUAUCAUUUUAAAGUCGUACCUCAAAAACAAGAAAGCAAGCUAUUUUAACAAGAUAAGGAUUUUUAUAUUUGUUUAGGCUGUGAUUUUUUGUGAAAAGAGCUGUACUUUGGUCCCAAAUUAGCCCUAGAUGCAAUCCUAUGAAUAUAAUGUGUUGAAAUACUCCAUUUACUAUGUACAGUGACCUUAAAGCUGGACAUUUAACUUGGUUAAUUGACAUAACUGAUUACAUGUGGGCAUUGAUUACAUCAAUUAGUUCAAGUAAAAUAACUGAUUAAUCAAAAAUCCUUCAACUAAUUGAAAUUAACAUUUCAAAUUAUUACUGUAUUUGAUUAUUCCAUCUAUCCAAUUAAUAGGAAUAGUCAUUAUGAUUUAUCAUUGUUAUUUUUGAUUAAUUUAUGGUUGUUCAGUUUAAUUUUUUAAUGUAACAAUUCAUGAUAGUAAGUAACUAAUCGAAUUAUUACUAGUUUUGAUUAUUUCAGUUAUCCGAGUCUUAUGUGAGAAUAAUCAAUUAGUUGAAUGUAAUUGACUAGUGAGCCUGAUGAUUAUCUGAUUAGCAAGUUCCAUUAAUCACUCAGCUCUAACAGUAGUGAUCUUGUAAUAAGUCAAAUAUCGCAACUUUAGUUUUUAAUCAGCUUUUGUAUUGUUAGUAGGUAAUUUUAAUUUGUUCAAAAAAACAAUUUCUCAUGUAUAUAGCUUGUUCAAGUGUGAAAAACUGUAUGUAAGUUAAAACUUGGAUGGAAAUUGUUGUUAGAAUUUUCUAUCAGAAUAGUUCUUUAAUGCUCUUUCUGAAGAAGACAAAGUGAUCUUUCUACAAGUUCAGUUUAAAAAGACAAAGUGAUCUUUCUACAAGUUCAGUUUAAAAAGACAAAGUGAUCCUUCUACAAGUUCAGUUUAAAAAGACAAAGUGAUCUUUCUACAAGUUCAGUUUAAGAAGAAAAAGUGAUCCUUCUACAAGUUCAGUUUAAAAAGACAAAGUGAUCCUUCUACAAUUUCAGUUUUGAAAGUGGAAAAUUGUUCAAGGGGUAUGACACUUGUUCUUUUUUUUCAGCUCAAAGAUAAAUAACAUUGAAGUUGAAAAUAAGCACAAAAGAAACAAGGUUGUUUGUAUCAAGUGUGUAAUUAGGGAAGAAUCUUGUUGGUUUAUAUCUUUUUCAUGUUUAAAACCCAACACUGUAUGUGAUUCUAUUGAUAUUCGAAUGCUUUGCCUCUGAGAAAGGAAGCCAUAUUUUAAAUCAUGUCUAAACAGAAUUGUCAGGCUUAGUGUAAAUAGAGCUGAUUAUACGUGUCUUACGCUUCACACAGGCUGAAAUAGACACUGCAGGCUAUAAAAAAAACAUUAUUAUUAUUGGAGAAUGAAAUGUAAUUGAUAAAUAUUGUGACUAGGUGCUAUUGGAAAUAUCCUGAGCAAAUUAUUUGUGAACUUCUAAUUUCCCAGAAGACAGCAUUCAAUAUUACAAAAUAUAUGUUGAAUACGAAACUCUUCUAACCUAGACAUUUCCAUCAAAUAAUGCUUCAUUAUACAACCUGGUAAUUCACUUUAGCAACACUGGCCAAUCUUGAAUUCUAAAUAGAGUAUCAAAGAAAUAAAGUUAUUCUUUGUUUUCAAA